AAAUGACUCACUUUGGCUAUAAAUAUGAGUGAACAUGUUAAUACUGUAGACGAUGCUAAAACAUCCCACAAAGAGAACCUGAAGCAUCUUUACUCCUGAAAGAUCAGCAUCUGCACUAUAUUACUCUAUAUGAAGUGAAUUUCACUGAGGAAUUAUUACUAAAUCAGGAUGCUGAGCAUUGCACCCCUUCUCAUUUUAACUGUUGAAGUUGUCCUAGGACAGGGCAACAGAAUGGCUGUUAAAGAACAGAUCUAUCCAUUGGAUAUGGCAAACAAAUCUGUUGAUGACAAAUAUGACGAUUGUAGAAAGGAAACAUCAGACCUGGUGUAUACAUCAUUGCUAAAGAACGAAAUCGAUGAGAAUCCUACAUAUAAAGAUGCUUGGGAAGAAGGGAAAACGUACGCCAAGACACCUGCAGAUAACUUGACCAUGAACCAUUCAAUCGCCAUUUAUGUGUACACUGCUAGAAAAGUAUAUGCAGAUUUCAAUAACGCAGGUCGUAGUGGUAAACACAAUUACAAAAGGAGAUUAUACAAAUGGCGUUCACUUCAGUUUUUGUUGACAGAAGUGAUACAGAUUCUGAAUGAAACACAAAACCAAUGUCACUUAACUUAUCGUCGUACUAAAGUUGAAUUUGAUAAGGACGUUCUGAACAAAGAGGUUCGUUUUGGCUCUUUUACAUCAUCUUCUCUCAAUGAAACAGCAAUAAAGAAUUUUGGAAAUGUAUCUUGUUUUGAAAUUGAAACUUGUGAAGGUGCUUAUGUGGCAAACUAUUCUGCACAUGCUGAAGAGGAAGAGGUGCUGAUUCCCCCAUAUGAGAAAUUUAAUGUCACUGAUAUCAAGAACAAUUCCUGGUGUAAAACUGUGUACGUGCUGAAAAGCUUGGGAACAAAAAGUGACCUGAACUGCAUAGUGGCAAAACACACACCUAUAAAUUUUGUAAGCAAUAUCAGGUCAAAACCAAACGGUUGCUGUAAGUUCGGUGGUCCCGUUGGCCUCCCAGGGGGUGACGAUCAUGGGAGUGGCACUGAUAGGGCUGGUCCUGAUGGGCUUCAUGGUCCGCGUGCUCAGUAAUAAACUGACUGUGAUUGGGGAAAGAUGUAACUUGUCUGUCUCUUUGCGUUUCUCACAUGAAUACAUUUUAUUAAAACAUUCAUUUAUUCAUUCUUAUGCCAACAGAAAUGUGUAAUAGAGUAUUAUAAAGAGUUUAAGUGAGCACAUAUAAUGUCUUAAAGCAUUUUUAUAUGUUGAGGAUUAUAAAAGCAAUUAAUCAAUGGGUUUAAUUAAUUCAAGAGUGAUUUAAAUAUGUGUGUAUAUGUAUGAAAGUAAUGUGUUAACAGACUGAAGAAGUGAAUCCAUGACACAAAUGUCAUUACUUUGUGAAGUGUGUGUUGGAGUUUGUUAUAUUCUCUGUUCAAUCACCAUGUUAGUGCAUUUCAGUGUGUGCGCAUGUGUGAGUAAAAUGAUGGCAUUAAUGGAUGAGACUGAAUAAUUAAGAUUACAAAUGCAACAAAAGCUAAAGUAUUUCUCUUGCUGUGAAAUCUGUAUUUGAUAAUUCAUUCAGUGUGUCUUCAUGUCAGUGCCAUCAAUUGCCAAGCGGAUGUUUUUGCAUUUUUCACAGUUUAUGUGCAUUUUCAGUAUGUAAAGUUGGCAUAGUGUUUUACUGUAUU